UGUUUUGUAGGACAAUUUUGCCCUUGACUCAAGCGCUAUCCCAAUCGAACUCGUCUCGUCCGGCUUCGACCCAGCCCGCCGCCGCCGCCGCCUCCCUUCCUCCCUCCCCUCCGGCCGGCGUCUCUGCCCUCAGCCGAGCGCCGCCUGAGCCCCAGGCCCCAUAGCGCCCUUACUCCCCACGAUUGGCUUCUAGGGCUUGAAGGCUGAGGUGGCGGUGAUGGAGGUUCCAGAGGAGGGCAUGGCGCAGGAGGCGAAGCCCCCUCCCGGGAUUGAUCCGGAUGCGGCGUUUAGUGUGCGCGUUCAAUUUGGUCAGUAUAUAGCUAAGCUCGAUGAUGGCUCUCGUGUUCAUGUGCCCCGCAAACGCGAGGAAUGGGUUGUGGACCAUAGGAAAUGCACAUUGGAGAGCUUGGAGAAGGAUCUUGCAGCAAGAAUCAAAUGGGGAAGCUGCCAGCGUGUCAUCGUCUCGGGAUAUGACGCGAGCACUGGUGAGGACACCGAGCUUGUCGACGAUAUGGAUCUAGCGCGUAAAUUCUUCGCUAGGAGGAACGAGAGGAGGUUGUUUUUGCGUGUCGAUGUGGAGGACAAACCUGGUGUUUUGGUUAACUCAUGUGUUUCAGAGGACAAUGAGGUAGUCUCGGGUGAGGUUGUCGCAGCCAGGCAAGGUGAUGCUCAAGACUCAAAGAGUCAACAUGUCAUUGAUUGGGAUGGUUUGGAGAUAGCUUCAAUUGCACAAAAACAAGUUCCUCAGCAUGUGAUUGAUUGGAAUAUAUUGGAGACUGAUCCAACUCUAGAAGAGCAGAUAGGUUCGCCAUUGCCUGUGAUGGAGGAUGAUGGAAUGUGUGCAUUUGGUGGUCUAAAAGCUGAGGAUGAGAGAGAUGAGGAAGCUAGGGUUAAACCUGAAAAGGCUAGGGUUGAAACUAAAAGUCAGAGGGUUGGUGCAGCUCCACCUCCUACACAAGAUGAAAAUGCGGAAGUAGUUAUUAAUGAUGUUGUUCCAAGCGAAGCUGAAAUUUUCUAUGAUAGCGAAGACCCUCCAAUGGAAGUUGGAAGCACAUAUACAACUAUGGUUGAGUUCAGGUCAGCUGUGAGGCAACAUGCUAUAAAGGGCCAAUUUAAGCUAGGAACUGAGAAAUCUGAUAAAGAGAGGUUCAGGGGCUAUUGCACAGCUGAGGGUUGUCCAUGGGCUAUUGUGGCAAGGUUGAUGCAUGAUGGAAAAUCUGUGAGGGUUACUGUGAACAAAUUUGCACAUACAUGUGCAUCAACUGGGAGAGUUAACACCAAGAUGGCAUCGUAUCAUUGGGUGGCAGAUAAGGCAAUUCCCCUUCUAAAGAAGGAUCCUAGCAUGGGUGCAAAGAAGCUAAAAGAAGAGUUAGAGUCUAAGCACAAUGUCACAAUAGGAUACUCGACAGUGUGGGCUGGUAGGCGUAAGGCUGCAAAUAAGAUAUUGGGGAAAAAGAAAGAGAGCUUUGCAAACUCGGUUAACUUCAAGGCUGAGAUUGAGCUGAAAAUACCAGGAAAUGUUGUGGAGAUAGAUGUACAUGAGGAUGAUGACGAUGGACAAGGAUCAAGUAAGCAGAUGGCAACCCCUCCCAGGCCUGCCAAAGCUACAAGGACGAUCGCUCUGAAGAAAAGGAAAAAAUAAGUGCUUCUGGAUGGUAUUCUCAAUCAUGGAAACAUGUAGCUUAUGGAUGCUUUUGUAACAUGAACUAGAGGAUGAUGCAAUUGGUUGCUAUUAUUUUGUGAUCUGAAUGUGGGUGGUGCUUAGUAGACUUGCUUAUCUGUGAACAACUAUUACGGGUGCAUGCUGCGAAAGAUUUCUUUUGUCAGGUCAAUGGAAAAAAAAACUAACUUUUCAUGUUCUGGAUACAUGACUGUCAAAAUGGACUUGGGGUA